UCAUAUUGUUGGGGUCAUACUGUUGGGGUCAUACUGUUGAGGUCAUACUGUUGGGGUCAUACUGUUGAGGUCAUACUGUUAGGGUCAUAUUGUUGGGGUCAUACUGUUGAGGUCAUACUGUUGGGGUCAUACUGUUGAGGUCAUACUGUUGAGGUCAUACUGUUGGGGUCAUACUGUUGGGGUCAUACUGUUGAGCUCAUACUGUUGGGGUCAUACUGUUGGGGUCAUAUUGUUGGGGUCAUACUGUUGGGGUCAUACUGUUAGGGUCAUAUUGUUGGGGUCAUAUUGUUGGGGUCAUACUGUUGGGGUCAUACUGUUGAGGUCAUACUGUUGGGGUCAUACUGUUGAGGUCAUACUGUUGAGGUCAUACUAUUGGGGUCAUACUGUUGGGGUCAUACUGUUGGGGUCAUACUGUUGAGGUCAUACUGUUGAGGUCAUACUGUUAAGGUCAUACUGUUGGGGUCAUACUGUUGGGGUCAUACUGUUGGGGUCAUACCGUGUCUAAAAACAUAGCUGAGUGUCUUCUCUUCCACUGAUAACAACAAAACAUAAUUUAUGUGCAAAUGAAUAAUAACAAUCUAUUCUCCUGUUCUCUCUUUCCCUAUUUUAAGCCAUCGUUGUAAAUAAUAAUUUGUUCUUAACUGACUUGCCUUGUUAAUUAAACGUUAAAUUAUAUAUAUAUAUAUUUUUAAAUCUUCAUAACCCUAUCAAUGAAUAACGAUCACAACUGCCAAUGAAUGAAAAGGACAGCAGAACCUAACCUGCUGUCUGUCUUUCGAAGAACAUCAUUUCAUUAAUAUAAAUAUGACCAAUCUAUUCUCCUGUUGUCUCUCUCCCUAGCUGUCUCUAACCUGGAUGUGGAGAGUAAGCUAACAGUGCACUACCAGGCCCCAUGGCACCAGCACCACAACGUGUUUCACCCCUGCAGCCGGCCGCCAUGCGUAGAGGAGCUCCACAGACAUGCCAAGCAGAGCCUGCGAGCCCUGCACAGAGACCAACAGCAACGUCAACGGGCGAACAGCCGCGAGCGCCGAGUGACCAUCUCCAUCUCUGGGGCUCCUCCAAUGCCCACCCUCCCUUCCCCACGCACCCUCAGACGGCACGAGCAGAGGGGCAGGCACAGCCGCGCGCAGGCGAGACCAGAGAGAGAGAUAGAAUAUCAACGGAAGGAGAGACACGUGAGAGAGACAGACAUCCAGACAAUACACAGAAAGUAUGACCGUACCCGCUCCCCCUCCCCCACUGAAUGUUGCCUCUUCACCCCAUGGACCAGAAAGGAUGCCACUACCACUGACCCUGAUGCUGAGCCUGCAGUGGGCCACAGGUCUACUGGUGCUAUCCCCAACCCCCCCUCCACACUGGACAAGCAGACCAACUGGUCCAAGGCCCUGCCUCUGCCCACCCCCCAGGAGAGGAUGAAGAGUGACCCAGCAGUCGUGUCCUCGUGCAUCAUCCCCAUCAACGUCACUGGGGUGGGGUUCGACAGGGAGGCUAGUGUACGCUGCUCCCUGGUACACUCCCAGUCUGUGCUGCAGAGGAGGAGGAAGCUGAGGAGGAGGAAGACCAUCACCGGGAUCCCCAGACGAGUUCAACAGGACAUGGACUCUGAUGAGUCUCCAGUGACGAGGGAAAGGACAGUGGUGGUCCACACCAACCCUCACCUGUCCCUCUGUCAGGAGGAGCUGUCCCUCCGAGGGGGACACACCAAGGACUCCGGCUGCCAGACGGACGACUGCCUGACCGGUGGCGGUGGCGCCCCGUCCAGGAGACGUAUACGUGCCCAGCGCGGCGGCCAGGGGGGUAUCCCCGCCUCCCUCUCCCACUCCACCGGGAACAUCUCCUCGCUCCCCGACCACCCUGACACCGCCAUGUACACCGCCUCCGGCUCCCGCCUCCGCUCCCGCAGCCUCCCCCGCGAGGGCGGCCGCAUACGCGACGAGGACCAGGACGACAGUGAUGAAGAUGAGGAUGAUGAUGACGACGAUGAUGAUGAAGAUGAGGAGCUCUCUCCAUACGAGACGGAGGACUUCCUCCCGGGAACGGGGCCAAGGAUGUUAAAGGACGAGGAGGAGAGUACGGAUGACCAGGCCAUGCCAGAGCUGCAGCUGGGGAGUCUGAAGAGGAUACAGCAAGGAGACGGGGGGAGUCCAGAACACAUGUGGAUGGAGAGGGGUCGCUCCCGCCUCCCCCGUCAGGUCGACAUGGGGAACUGUGAGAUCUCCUCCAGCUCAGACACCUUCAGCAGCCCCAUCCACUCUGUCUCUACUACGGGGGUGCUGAGAGGACAGAUAGACCACAAGGAGGACCACCAGUCGUCCAGUGGUAACUGGAGUGGCAGCAGUUCCACAUGCCCCUCCCAGACCUCUGAGACACUCCCCCCCGCCGCAUCCCCCCCUCUGACCGGCUCCUCCCACUGUGACUCGGAGCUGUCGCUCAACGCCGCGCCGCACGCCAUCGAUGACCUCACCGGCUUUAUCAUCGACCCGUACCAUUCGGAUCAGCCGCAGGGCCAGGGUCAUAGGUCCAGCUCCUUCACCUCCUCAGCCACUGACCAGCUGGAUGAUGCAGGGGUCAGUACUGCCAGCGAGGGAGAGUGGACCUACCCUCAAGACCAGGCUGAUCAGGACCAGCUGUGUAGUCAGGACUUCAGCCCCAGGCGUUCGUCCAGGGGGGACCAGACCAGGAUAGACUUCACCAGCAUCAGCAGCUACGACGGCUUCUCAGACCGAGCUCCCCCUACUGCUGCAGCAGACUCCCAGGGCUUCUACUCAUCCUCCAUGCACUUUGACUCCAUGCAGGGCCAGAGUUACAGGAGCUACAUGUACAACUAUGCAGCAGUGGGCUCUGGCGCUGACUGUGGCCAGGGUAAUACUGUGGGCACUACGCCUGGUGAGGGAGAGGGCAUGGCUGGGUAUCCUCCUCAGUCCUCUGACUACAGGGGAGCCACCCUGACGCUAGGGAGGCCGUGUCGUCCGCUGAAGAAACCAAAGGUCAAGCCACUCCCACCAAAACGGAGCUCAUCGCUGAAGGAGACGUGUAGCGCUGGUGCUCCAGAGAACGUCCCCCCUGAGCAGGGCGAUGAGCAGGGCGAUGAGCAGGGCGAUGAGCAGGGCGAUGAGCAGGGCGAUGAGCAAGGUGAUGAGCAGGGCGACCAGGACCAACCAAAGAUUCAUAGUAGUGGGCAGACCCAGACCCUGAACCUGCCCAUGUCUUCCAGAGACAGAGAGAUGAGGCUGCAGCUGGACAUGGCCAGCCCGGGGGAGGUGGAGAAUCCUGGGUUAGAGGCUGAGGCGGUGGGUGGUGGUGUUGCCUGGGGGAUGGGGAGCCCCAGGAGCCCCAGGACUGUGGAGAUGACGGAGCCCACCUCGUUCGGGUCCACUGACACUCACUCCUUCAAGGACGAGGGCGCCGUUCAGUCUGACUAUGCAGACCUCUGGUUCCUCAACGACUUGAAAUCCCAAAAUAACCUGGACCCCAACGGCUCCUUGUCCAACUCCAGCACUGCUACGGGUACUACUGUUAUUGAAUGCAUCAAGUCGCCGGUGGGCAGCUCCUCCUCUCCCGGGGGAGAGACCCAGGCGUUGAUGCAUUCCUCCGGCUCUGGUUCCAGCUCCUCCAGGCCCACCUCCCCUCCGCUUCCCCCCGGGGAUGGAGACUUCAAGCUGGGCUCUCCUGAGAAGCUGGCCGGCCUCGCCUCGCCCUCCAGCGGAUACUCCAGCCAAUCCGAGACGCCCACGUCUUCCUUCCCAUUAGCGUUCUUCCCCGGCCCACUCUCUCCGACCAGCGGGAAACGGAAACCCAAAGUCCCCGAGAGGAAGUCUUCUCUAUCCUCGCUGCAGCACCAGGCCCAGACCCAGUUCUCUAGCUCGGCCUCUGGGUCCUCCUCUUCCUGUUCCUCUUCCUCUUCCUCGUCAUCCAGGAAGGACUAUGACUUCCCGGCUCCACCCACCCAGCUGGACUUAUGUUCUCUUCACAGCGCCCAUGGCAGCCGGCCGUUACCCACUCUGGCCCACCGGACCCACAUGCACACGCUGCACCAGAACAAGCAGAGGGCAGCAGCAGCAGCAGAGGCCCGGGCCACCGCGUGUAACACUGCAGCCGCUAACGCUAAUGCUAGUGCUAAAGCUAGUGCUAACGCUAAAGCUAGUGCUAACGCUAGUUCUAAUGCUAACGCUAGUGCUAGUGCUAACGCUAGUGCAGCCCCCUCUGGGUUUAUCAAUGGAUCCACUCUGACUCCAGAGGCCCCACUUGCUGCCAACCCCAUGGCCCUGGCCAUCACCCCCACUGUACUGCGCUCCGUCCAGCUACGUUCCAUUGGCCACAGGGCCACCGAUGGUUCUCAGCCCCAGGCCCGGGGCCAGGCUCAGGGUGCUCAGGGCCAGGAGCCUCCACCACCACCACAAGCAUGGGCCCACGAGGCUUCAGGGGCCCCUGCCACCAGACCCAAGAUGCCCAGUGUAACCAUCGUGACCCCCCACUCUGACACCAACACCAGGCCCCUGCCACCCAGGAGACCCAUCGCCCAGAAACCCCCACCACCACUGACCCAGGACCCCCACCACCCUUCUCAGGAGCACCACCACCACUCUGUACCCCAGCCCCACCCCACCCCCAUGCAGCACCCGGACGGCCCCCCGACCUAUGAGAGCCUGGCCAGGCACCGGCAGGACCGCUACAGCCCCGGAACCUUCUGGGCAAUGACGGCGUUCCGGACGCGGCCUGCGGAACCUUUGGAACUUGAGGAACCCACGCACCGAGCGCCACCGCCAACUCCGGAACCCGUGAUUCCUACUACACACCCGGAGUGCCACGUGCUAGGGGAACGGAUAGAGGAUGAAGAAGACGAGGAGGAGGAAGAGCACGAUAGAGAGAUAUCAAGGGUUAUGAGUCACAGUCAAGGCCUCAUUAGAGAAUAUCGAGAAUAUCAUCAAAGAGAUCAUCCAAGGGAACCACCGACGUACGAGACGCUAGAGGAGUCCCACUCAUAUCAGUCCCAGUCACAUUAUCACAGCCAGUCACAGACACACUCCUGUCACAGUCAAAUGGUCCAGAGGUGGGACUUGGGCCCAAGCAGCGGUCCUGACAAAGUGCCCGGUGUAACGGGGGAAGCAGCACACCCUUACUCAAUCAGCCACGUGAUAGAUCUCAGAGGUCGGAGUGGAGAGGACCGCUAUGAGAUGACAUCAUCAGGGGUUCCUACCAGAAGUGCCUCUCAGGAUAACAGCAGAGAUGACUCCACCACACCGGACACAGAGGACUACUUCAGCAAAGAGUCUACUAGUCCCAGUGAUAACUCCCUCUCUCCUCUGACUGACGAAACAACCAAACCUGAUGAUGAUGUUGUCUUCAUGUCGCCCAGCAAAUCACGUACUACUGAAGACCUGUUCGCCAUGAUCCACAGGUCCAAGAGAAAAGUCCUGGGCCGUAAGGACUCUGGAGAGCUGAGUGGGAAGAGCCGUCUGUGUCCUCCUCCAGCUGCCGUCGUUCCACCUGCAGCUAUCCUCCCAGCCAUCCCCCCUCCGCCCCCUCUCAUCAUCCCCCCCGCCCCAGCCCUCUCCACCCUGACCGCGGCCGGGACCCAGCGCACCCCAGGACCCAUCUACCGCAGCGCCAAGAAGUCCAGCACCUCCAACGAGGAGUUCAAGCUGCUUCUCCUGAAGAAGGGCAGCCGGACUGAUUCCAGCUACCGCAUGUCUGCUACAGAGAUCCUCAAGAGCCCCAUCGCCCCUAAGUCCCCUGGGCACCCCUUGGCUGCUGAGGGCCAGGUCAGGUACCCCAGCGAGGAGCCCCCCUCUCCCCUGCAGGAGCCAUCAUUGCAGGCGGCUGGGGAGCAACUCUUCCCCCCCAGCCUCUUCCCCAGGCCCAGUUCAGACAGCUUCAGCCCUAAAACACCCCCCACGUCGGCCUCGUCCAGACAGGGGCGCUCCCGGAUCCCCCCUGCAGCCAAUAGUAGUCGCUACAGCACCCGUAGCCGGCUCUAUACGGCACCCAUGCAGGUCAUAUCAGAGGGGGAGACUGAGAACUCAGAUGGGAGUCCCCAUGAUGAUCGCUCCGCGUAAUGAUCGCUCUGCUCAGUGCAGAAACAUGUACCCUAAUCCUUAUUUGGUGUGCUACUUUUGACCAGGGCCCAUAUAAGGAAUAGGGUGCCACUUGGGACGUAGACAUAUUUAUAUGGAUCUGGUUCAGUGCUGUUACUGUUCUUAUCUACUGAGUACUGACGGAUACACAACUCAACCAAGAGGGUAUAACCAGAGAGAAGACUACUCUGGACUACCUGCCUGGGGAUUUGAUAUCUUGGUGCAGAACUGAAGAACACAACUUUGUGUUUUGUUCAGAGUGUAAAGAAAGAAAAAAAUAAUGUUCUUGUUUUGAACUUUGAACUCCCUUUUUAAAUAACCCAAGAUCCUGUAUUGAGUGAAACGUGGACAAGAGGAGAAACAUGGAGCGGUAAGACAACCUGUGUGUUGUGUUGGAGCAAAUGGAACAUCCAUCGUCAUUUUUUAUCUUCUUGGAUUGUUGGAUGACUUGUAUGUCGUGUCCUAACGUGACCCUAAAAUAACUGCUUUCCGAAAGAAUUGCAUUUCUCUCUACACUUUUACCCAGAGGACAGGUCAUUAUUUCAACCAUAAACCAAAUGUUCCCCGUCGACAAAAAUGAAUAAGCUAUAUGUUUUGUAUUGCUACCGCCCCAACACAAAACAAUGGACUGUGAUCAUUAUUGACAACCAUGUGUCAAAGUAUUGUUCUACCAAGAGUGAGUUAACAACACACAUAGGUCAACAUGCCAUCCUCACAUAGAUAAACUACAUGUCAAGAAAUAGGAAUGACCUAUGACCCUAGAAGAGCUCUCAGUGCAGGGAUUCCUGGCAGGGACACAUAAGGGAAAUAUUUGGUCUUGUUGAAUGGAUGUGGUGCAGAUGUCAAGGUGUCAGAAGAGAUGAUGGGACACUCGUGCUGUGGCCUUUCUGCAGCUGGAGGGCCAAGCAUGCCGGGGAUUCACCGACUACUCUAGAGGAGAUAUUUACGACUAUUAAAACAAACAAAGAGAGAAAAGCUAUGGAGGGUCUUUACCACUAAUGUUUGGCUAGCUAGCUGGGAUUGGGUUUUCAAAGCCUAACUUCUCCUUUGCACUUCGGCAUCAUGAAUUCUUCAAGAAUAUUCCAUGAGAAAAAUAAAACUAAUCUUAUAAAUGGAAAAUUCCUAUUGUGUAUAUUUGUAUUGAAUAUAAAAGAACAUAGCUAUAUGAAGUGACUUACAAAAUUUUUUUAACGACACAAACCCAUCAUUUGUAGCAGAGUGGAUUGGUGACGUAGAAAUAGAUAAACUACAUUCUAGAAUGACUAGAUUCUGUUUCUA